ACAACCGCCCGCCAGCCUGCCACCACUAACGGCAAGUUUAAACGAAAAGUGCCGGUCCCAAGAGCCCACAGAGUGCUCACCAUGACCCGGGAGCUCAGCAAGGAGGCCUUGCAGGAACUAUACGCCUGGAUUGACGGAAUCCCGCUGUCCAGGCCGAAACGGAACAUUGCCCGGGAUUUCAGUGACGGAGUAUUGGUUGCUGAAGUGGUGAAGCAUUUUUUGCCAAAACUGGUAGAAAUACACAACUAUAUUCCAGCAAACUCUACCCAGCAAAAACUGAGCAAUUGGCAGAUAUUAGACAGGAAAGUAUUUUCCAAAUUACAUUUUCAUAUUUCAGAAGACAUGUUAACAAAGUUGGUUAAGAGCUCUCCUGGAGUUAUUGAAACAGUUUUAUACAUGUUAAGACAGAAGAUUGAGGAAGAACUCAAUCGCACACAACCAAUGAAUGACAGCUGGCCAGAUGUGUUCCCAUGCAGAAACGAGGUGGAAAAUUACAGUACUUACGCUGACAAGAACAUUUUAGAUUAUGUAUCACCCAACAUGCACUUGUUUACAAAGGAAUGUCAAUCCCAACCAGAAAUGUGGUACAACAAUCAGAAGCAGAGGUCAUUUUGUGACCAGUAUUCCCAUCUGAAUCCUGAAAUUCGUCUCUUGUUAGAGGAAAAAGAUCAAGCACUGCUAGCCCUUCGUGAAACUGUGGAGAUACUGCAGAUGAAAGUGCAGAGACUUGAGCAUCUGGUUCAGCUGAAAGAUCUCCGAAUUGAAGAUCUGACAAGACAUUUGAAUAAGCAUAAAUCACAGAAGACGAUGAAGUGACAGCAAGUAAAAUAAAACAGGAAUAAUUAAAAUUUCAGUGGAAGAAAUGUUUGGCAACCACAUAUUAGUUUGUUUUCGAACACCUGAUGAAAUGGGAUGACAGUAAUAUGUUGGUCUCUAAAAACAGAUUGGCAACACAUUUUUCACAGAGAUUGGACACUGCUUAGAUUACUUGCUUUUAGAAUGAUGGCAGAACUGUGUUGUUACAUCACUCAUCUGACUUACCUUGUUGCUACUUCAGGAACACAUAGAUAAUUAGAUUACAAUUUAUUUUUAAAUCUUAGCACUUAAUAAAACUUAGAGUGGUUUGUUGUAGAAGAUUACUUUAUUGAGAAAGAAUCUAUUCCUGGUAGGUCUUAGUGC